UAAAAUAUCAGCAGAACAUAUGUUACCAGUAGUGGAAACAACUGAACAAACACACGUGCCAGGGAAUGUAGUAUCUCCUAAAGUUUUAAUGGAUUUAAUACCAAAAUUAAAAAUUUCAAUUCGAGAAACGGAUAAAAAUGAAACAAUAAAAAGUUCAGAGCAACUUUCGGUUCUUUCAUGGGAUGCAGAUGUUUGCGAAAGAUUAUAUAAUACGUUGAAAGAGCAAAUUGAAUCGAAAGAUACAUCGAUGCGAGAACAAGCAUUAAAAGCAUUGUCAUUAACAUUGGAUACAAUAAAUCAAAGGGUUGAGCCAUAUAUGGUGCAGUUAUUACCAGAGGUUUUAAAGCGGGUUGGUAUUGACAAGGUGGCAACAAUCCGAACAGAAGCAGCCAUAGUUGCAGAAGGCAUUAUUAAGACGAUGAAUUCAUAUGCAAUUAAAACAAUGCUUUUUUAUAUCACGGAUUCUAUUAAAACAUCAGGAAAAUGGAUGGAAAAGAUGUGCGCGUUCCGAUUAUUGGAUAUGUUGGUUGAAAAGGCUCCAUGUCAGAUGUCAUAUCGACUUCCGGAAUUAAUUCCUGUUUUAUCAGAAUCUAUGUGGGAUACAAAAACGGAAGUCAAAAAUCAAGCACGCAAGACGAUGGCCAACGUCUGUUCAUUAAUAUCUAAUCCAGAUAUUGAUAAGUUUAUUCCAGUUCUUAUUGAUUGUAUCGCCCAACCAGAAAAAGUUCCAGAAACCAUUCAUACACUUGGUGCAACAACAUUUGUUCAAGAAGUACAUGCAUCAACGUUGUCUAUUAUGGUUCCUUUGCUUUACAGAGGUCUAAAUGAACGCGAAACAGCAAUUAAACGGAAAUCUGCAGUAAUUAUUGACAAUAUGUGCAAGCUUGUUGAAGAUCCUUAUAUUAUUGCUCCAUUUUUACACAAGCUAAUACCAACUCUUGAACAUAUUAAAGAAACUAUUGGGGACCCUGAAUGCAGAGCAGUAGUUAACCGUUCUUUAGCUACGUUAAUUCGUGUUGGGAAUAUUAAAGAAGGAAAAAUACCUGAAAUCUUGAAUAUCAGUGAACCAAAAAAUUGUAUGGAGACACUUCUUUCAAUUCUUAAAGGGCAAGAACUAGUACCAACAUCAGAUGUCUAUUUGAAUUAUAUUUCAUGUAUAGCAUCUCAGCUUAUCGAUGAAAAAAACAAUGAAAUCGUUGAUUGGAAUGUUAACAUUUCUCCAUAUCUACAACCUAUUAUACUCAAGGCUGAUAUUAAUUAUAUCAUCGAUCAAUUUAGGAAACGAUCUAUUUCAAGCUUCCAUAGUUCUUCAAUUGAGUUAGAAGAGGAAGAAGGAGAAGAUUUAUGUAAUUGCGAAUUUUCUCUUGCAUACGGUGCAAAAAUUCUUUUAAAUAGAACAUUCCUAAAUCUCAAACGUGGUUAUAGAUAUGGUCUUUGUGGACCUAAUGGUUCCGGAAAGUCCACUCUUCUUCGUGCUAUCUCUAACGGUCAAGUCGAGGGAUUUCCUACAGAACUAAAAACAGUAUAUGUCGAACAUGAUAUCGAUGAUACGGAAUCAAAAACAUCUGUUAUUGAUUUUAUAGCAAAUGAUCCAUCAGUCAUUGUUAAGGAUAGACAGGAAGCAAUAGAUUCACUUUUAAGCCAUUCUUUUACAAACGAUAUGCUUUCAAUUCCUAUUUCCUGUCUUUCAGGUGGCUGGAAAAUGAAAUUAGCUCUUGUUCGUGCUAUGCUUCAACAUGUCGACAUUUUAUUGUUAGAUGAACCCACGAACCAUUUGGACUUAAAAAAUGUUGCAUGGCUUGAGAAUUUCCUAACUACACAAACUCAUAUUACUAGUAUCAUUGUUUCACACGAUUCCGGCUUCUUGGAUAACGUCGUUCAAGCUAUUAUUCAUUAUGAACAUUUUAAACUUAAAAAAUAUAUGGGUAAUAUGAGUAAAUUUAUUACGCUAGUCCCAUCUGCUCGAUCUUAUCAAGACAUCUCUAAAUCUGAAAUCGAGUUUGCAUUUCCAGAACCAGGUUACUUAGAGGGUGUUAAGACUAAGCAGCGUGCUAUCUGUCGUAUGCGAGACAUAGAAUUUCAAUACGAAGGAACUAGUGAACCUCAAAUUAGAAAUGUUUCGCUUCAAGUUUCUUUAUCAUCACGUAUUGCUGUUAUAGGUCCCAAUGGCGCUGGAAAGUCUACAUUAAUUAAAAUUCUUUGUGGUGAACUUGUUCCACAAAAAGGUGAAGUUUGGUGUCAUCCUAAUCUUCGGAUUGCAUAUGUUGCCCAAGCUGCAUUUACACACCUUGGCUCUCAUGAAAAUAAAACGCCGUCCGAAUACAUCCAAUGGAGGUACCGAACUGGCGAAGAUUCUGAAACCAUAGAUAGAGCUUCUCGACAAUUAACAGAAAACGAUGAGAUUCAUAUGAACAAAAUUUUUAAAAUUAAUGGAACCAGUAGAAGAAUUCAAGGAAUACAUUCUCGAAGAAAACUUAAAAACUCGUACGAGUACGAAUGUUCAUUUCUUCUUGGAGAAAAUGUUGGGGAAAAAAACGAGCGAUGGGUACCAUUAAAUAGUAUGAAUAAUGAAUGGUUGCCACGAAGUGAAUUGAUAGAAUCGCAUUCCAAAAUGAUCGCAGAGAUUGACAUGAAAGAAGCUCUAAAGUUUGGAUCUUUUCGUCCUUUAGUUCGUAAGGAAAUUGAAAAACAUUGCGAAAAUUUUGGGCUCGAUGCAGAAAUUGUUACGCAUUCAAGAAUCAAAGGCUUAUCAGGUGGUCAAAAAGUUAAACUGGUCCUUGCAGCAGGAUCAUGGUUAAAACCGCAUGUUAUUGUUUUAGAUGAGCCCACGAAUUAUCUUGAUCGUGAUUCUUUAGGUGCUCUUUCUAAAGCUCUUAAAAGUUUCGAAGGAGGAGUUGUUAUCAUUACGCAUUCAGUCGAAUUUACAAAAAAUCUUACUGAAGAAGUUUGGAGUGUGCAAAAUGGACAAAUGACACCAUCAGGACAUAAUUGGGUUCAAGGUCAAGGAACAGGACCUAAGCUUCAAGAACAAGAUGAAGAGGAUACGUUUGAUGCAUUAGGCAACAAAAUUGAGGCGAAAAAGAAGGUCAAAAAAUUAACCAGUUCCGAAUUAAGAAAGAAAAAAAAGGAACGCAUGGCUAGACGUAAAAAAGGCGAAGAUGUCUUUUCUAGCGAAGAUGAUUAGGAAAAAAGCCCGCCCAAGUCCUAAUUUAAUAAAAUAAAAU